AUGGAGCGAUUUGAUUGGCCAAUCGGAGUGUUCUGCGAGGGCAGUGAGUUUUGUGGAUUUGGGUUCCACCUCGAUGCUGAUUUUACUUCCGUCACCACAAGUGAUGUCGCCGCCAUUGCCGAAGUUUGCCGGGUGUUUAUUGAUAGAAGACAGACAAGCUGCGAGAUCUUCAAAUCUUCUCUCUAUGAAAACGGCAUUCUAAGAGAGAGUGACUGGACUUGCCUUGGCCAUGGGUUAGAGUUCUGCUUAAAAGAGAUGAAAAAAUGUGUCGACGUUCUUGGGGGAUUUAUGUGUGUGGGAUGUCUGCAAGGCUCAGAAACAGACCCAAAUGAGAGUCGACUGUGCAAAGAUGUCAAUGAGUGCACGUUGGGUUUCUGUGGCGAGCAAAAUACCAGCUGCGCCAACGCAGAUCUAAGCUAUUCUUGUCAAUGCGAAGAAGGAUUCAAUUUUGAUGAUGGAAAUUACGGUGCCAAAUGCGAAGACAUCAACGAAUGUGACGCUGAUAUAUGUGGAACUAAUUCCGUUUUUUGUACUAACACUGCAGGAGACUACAUAUGUGGGUGUGACAUUGGAUUUCAUUUUCGUGAAGAUCCUUAUGGGUUAUCGUGUGAAGACAUCGAUGAGUGUAGCGAUUCUUUGUCACCGUGUGGAGGCAAUUCAGACUGCAUCAAUACUGUAGGAAGUUACGACUGCCAGUGUCACAGGGGGUACAGAACAACUGAGACUACUCACACUGACUGUACAGACAUCAACGAGUGUGACGACGCAAGUGCUUGUGGAGGCAACUCCAGAUGCUUAAACCUACCAGGAACUUAUGACUGCCAGUGCGUUGACGGUUUUAUGUCAAUUUCUGGAUCUCACGAUGAUUGCACAGACGUAAAUGAGUGCAACGCAGGCCUCUGUGGAACCAAUUCAGACUGUACCAAUCUACUAGGAAGCUACAGCUGCCAGUGUAAUGCUGGUUUUGUGUCGCCUGCUAAUUCUCAAACUGACUGCAUCGACAUCGAUGAAUGUGAAGAGAUCUCAGCAGUAGAUGCAUGCAUUUCAUCCAGCUCGUCAAUUGACUGCACAAACACACCUGGAAGCUUUGACUGUACUUGCAGCAAGUGGAUGAUCACACUACCUUGUUAUAAUACAUAA